UGCUGAGGAUUAAACCCAGCCUUGUGCAUCUGAGGCAGGCACUCUACCAACUGAGCUACAUCUCCAGUCCUAAAUUGUUUUUAUAAAAGUGAAAGCAUAUGGGGGUUAGCACAGUGGGCCCAUCCCUCUACCCCAUAUCAGGGAUUGAACUCGGGGACAGUGAGCCACAUCCCGAGCCCUUAGCCCUUUUUUUAUUUUGAAAUAGGGUCUAAGUUGCUGAGGCUGGUUUUGAACUUGUGACCCUCCCACCCCAGUCUCCCAAAUUGCUGGGAUUAUAGGUGUGCACCAGCAUGCCUGGCUGAUGGGCCUUUUAUAGAACUAUUCCCUUAACCUCAUGUUCCCAUGUCUCACGUCUGUCUGUUCCCUGUCACUACUGCUUAUGGACCUUGCCCAAGCCACUUCCUCUGGGCUUCAGUUUCCCAAUCUGUAGAAAGAAGACAAUUCUGUGCUGCUGCCACCUUUUAUUUAUUUUUCCAGUAUUGGGGACUGAACCCAGGGGUGACCUACCACUGCGCUUCUAAUGUUUUGAGACAGGGACUCACUAAAUUGCAAAGCCUUCUUGCCUCAGCCUCAGGAGCAGCUAGGAUUACAGGGUGUGCGCCACUGUGUCUGCUGUUGCUGCCCUUUAAGGGUCAGAAGGAGUGCCCUCCCAUACCCACCACUCCCUGCUACAGCCAUCCCUCCUCCAACCAUCUGUCCUUUCAGUUCCUCAAAUUCACUAAGUUCUUUAAUUCCCUGGUGCCUUUCUCUGUGCAUCUCUCUCCAUGGAAGGCUUUUAUCUCUUCUCCUAGACAAGUUCUACUCAUGCUUGGGUUUCAGAUUAAAUGUGGUUGCCUUAGGCUAAGUUCCCUGCACCACAGCAUCACAGCUAUGAUGGAAAUUCUAAUAUAAAUAUUGUAUCCAGGUCUUCCCCAGGUAAGGACGGUGGGGACCAUCUAUUACCUUGCCAGUAGCCUAGUAGCUAAGGCAGUGCAGCUGGGUACAGUGGCGUACACCUGUAUCCCUGCGAUUUGGAAGGGUGAGGGCAGGAGGAUCCCAAGUUCAAAGCCAAGUCUCAGCAAUUUAGCGAGACCCUCUCUUUAAAAAAUUUAAAACGGGUCGGGGUUGUGGCUCGGUGGCUAAGCGCCCUGGGUUCUAUCUAUCACUAGUAUGUAUAAAUAAAGAAAAAAUAAACUCCAAGUUCAUAUUUAUUUGAUAGGAGGGGAACUGGGUAUGUAACUCAAGGGAAGAGCGCCUGCUUGCCAGCAUGCGCGAAGCCCUGGGUGAUUCCCCAACUCUACCCCGCCCCCAUUUUUGUUUAUUUAUCUUGAGCCAUGGUCUAACACUGCCCAGGCUGGCCUUGAACUUGCGAUCAUUCUGCUUCAGUCUCGCGAGUAGCUGGGACUACACGCGUGAGCCACGGAGCACGUCCCCGACCCCCAUUUUCUUUUCUUUUUUUUAAUGGGUUGUUGGUUGGACGGAAGGAACCCGCGUUGUACCUGAAGGCGCUUUGGGAAGGGCAAUGCGCCCCAUGCGGCCCUGGGUAUUUGAUGGAGUCACGCGCCCCCACUCCGCGUGUGGUCAGAAGACACUCUCAGGGUUGGGUCUGGGCCCGGAAGCUGAGUCUCACGGGCCGCGAGCGGGAGUUCCAGCCUAAGUUCCACGUGGCUGGAGGUCCACAGCUGAUUGGACACUAGCUGUUCCGCUCCCCUGGUCCCGAGCCCGGAUUGGUUGUUGGCUGGGCGCCGCCAUGCUGGGACCAUGGAGGCCGCUACGGUGGCCGCAGCUCUGGGGUUCCUGCUCCUGGCAGGGGUUGGGAGCUCCUCGGUCGAUGAGGCCCGGGAGGAGACGGUCGUGCGGGAGCUGGUGGUCCGGCUGCUGGGGCCCGGGCCGGCGGCCGAUUUGGUGUCUGUGGAGCGCGCCCUGGCGACCGAGUCGGGCUUGGACACCUACCGCCUGAGCGGCGGCGGCGGGGCGCGCGUGCGGGUGCGCGGCUCCACGGGCGUGGCGGCCGCCGCGGGGCUGCACCGCUAUCUGCGCGACUUCUGCGGCUGUCAGGUGGCCUGGUCGGGUUCUCAGCUGCACCUACCGCAGCCGCUGCCAGUGGUGCCGGGAGAGCUGGCUGAGACCACGCCCAACAGGUACCGAUAUUACCAGAAUGUGUGCACACAAAGCUACUCCUUCGUGUGGUGGGACUGGGCCCGCUGGGAGAAAGAGAUUGACUGGAUGGCGCUGAAUGGCAUCAACCUGGCGCUGGCCUGGAGUGGCCAGGAGGCCAUCUGGCAGCGGGUGUACCUGGCCUUGGGCCUGACCCAAUCAGAAAUCAAUGACUACUUCACUGGUCCUGCCUUCCUGGCCUGGGGGCGCAUGGGCAACCUGCAUACCUGGGGUGGCCCCCUGUCCCGCUUCUGGCACCUCAAGCAGAUUUACCUACAGCAUCGGAUCCUGGACCGGAUGCGCUCGUUUGGCAUGAUCCCCGUGUUACCUGCAUUCGCAGGGCACGUCCCCAAGGCUCUCACCAGGGUGUUUCCCACAGAUCAAUGUCACCCGAUUGAGCAGUUGGGGACAUGUCAACUGCUCCUACUCCUGUCCCUACCUUCUGGCUCCAGAAGACCCCGUGUUCCCCUCAUUGGAGAGCCUCUUCCUAUGGGAACUGAACAAAGAGGUUUGGCACCAACCACAUCUACGGGGCUGACACUUUCAAUGAGAUGCGGCCUCCCUCCUCACAGCCCUCCUACCUCGCCGCAAUCACCACUGCUGUCUAUGAGGCCAUGAUUGCAGCGGAUCCUGAUGCUGUGUGGCUGCUCCAAUGCUGGCUUUUCCAGAAUGAACCCCAGUUCUGGGGGCCCGACCAGGUCAAGGCUGUGCUUAGGGCUGUGCCCCUGGGCCGUCUCCCUGUUCUGGACCUGUUUUGCUG